GGUGUCGUGAUGCAGGGAAACAGGUCAUUUACAACGUUUUUAAAAGCGGGACGUGACAUUUUUGACAUGGGUUGUUGGAUUUAUGUGUCUGGGACAAUAACGCGAAAACUAAGGACCUUGAAAUAAAACAGAGACACAAUCAUGCAGGUGUCCGUCAGAAGGCUGGUUCUGUUUCCCCUGUGUGCAGCCCGGCCCGGCCAAAGCAGGGCUGCUCUCCUGAGGCCGACGCUUCGCCUCCUGUCCCCCAACACCCGCACCCUGUUCAGCGAUACAGGAGUGUGGGAGAAGGACUAUCGAACUGAGACCAGACGCAAGGUGGAAGAAUGGUGGCACCCACGGAUUAUGGCACAAUGGCAGAAGGAUGCACUGGAGGAGAGUGCCGACAGGAAGAAGUUCUAUGUCCUCUCCAUGUUCCCGUACCCGUCGGGGCGACUGCAUAUGGGCCAUGUGCGAGUGUAUACCAUCAGUGACACCAUCGGCCACUUCCAGAGAAUGAGAGGCCAUCAGGUGUUGAAUCCGAUGGGUUGGGAUGCUUUUGGACUUCCAGCUGAGAAUGCCGCUAUAGAGCGAGGCCUCGAUCCAGAGGAGUGGACUAAAAGUAACAUUCAGUCCAUGCGGGAGCAGCUGGACAGCCUCGGGCUUUGCUUCAACUGGGACCGGGAAGUAACCACCUGUCUCCCAGACUACUACAAGUGGACCCAGUAUCUGUUUAUCAAGCUGUUUGAAGCAGGGCUGGCGUAUCAGAAAGAGGCUGUGGUGAACUGGGACCCCGUUGAUCAGACGGUGCUGGCGGAUGAGCAGGUGGAUGAAAACGGUCGCUCCUGGAGGUCUGGCGCGCAGGUGGAGCAGAAGCUCCUCACACAAUGGUUCAUCAAGACGACAAACUAUGCCAAGCCUCUCCUGGACGCCCUGGACGAUCUCCCAGAGUGGUACGGAGUCAAAGCCAUGCAGGCGAACUGGAUCGGAGAGUGCACUGGCUGCUACUUUGAUUUCAAACUCAAGGUGAACGGGGAGGAGACGGGGGAGACCUUGUCAGCCUACAGCUCCUCCCCAGAGACGGUGUUCGGAGCGGCUUACCUGUCCAUCCUGCCCUCCCACAGACUUCUGCAUGGCAGCAGCUCAGUCCGCUCCGCCCUACAGAGAGCCUUGCAGCCAGGCAGAGACUCCCUCACAGAGGUCACAGCUCACAACCUGUUCACCGGCCACGAGGUUCCCGUGGUCAUUUCACACAAGGAGACGUUUGAUGACUAUCUGGACACUGUGCUUGGUGUCCCAGACUGCAGCGAGGAGGAUUUGUCUGUGGCCACAGCUCUGAAUCUGAGGUGGACCACUGUGCUGGAAACCCAUGAGGAUGGGACACAAACUCUAAUCAACUCCAAGGAGUUCUCAGGCCUCACCAGAGAACAGGCCUUUGACUCCAUUACCCAAAAAGCCAGAGAGCAGAAGGUUGGAGGCCACCUCACCAGCUCCAAGCUCAGGGACUGGUUGAUAUCCAGACAGCGGUACUGGGGCACACCCAUCCCUGUGGUGCAUUGUGGGUCUUGCGGUCCCGUCGCAGUCCCCGAGGAGGAGCUGCCAGUCACUCUGCCAAAGCUGCCUUCUCUCACAGGAAAAGGUGCAUCGCCUCUGGGAGCUGCACACGACUGGGUCAACUGCAAGUGUCCAAGGUGA